AUGAGGAGGUGCGGCGGCGGGGAGGCGGCGGCAGCGGCGGAGGAGCUGGAGACGGAGGGCGAGAGGCAGCUGAAGCGGCUGCUGCGCCACCAGCUGGACACGGCGGCGUCGCUCGAGCAGUGUGUGGCCAAGCGGCACCGCUUCGCGCCGGCGGCCGUGUACCGGCCCUUCGGGGAGGAGGCCGCUGGCGCCCGCACUCUGCCGGAGUUCCGGGCCCUGCAGGAGAGCAGCGGGGAAGCGGCCUCCCUGCAGGAGCUGGGCCUCUCCGACGCCGAGAUCCGCCUGUGGAGGCAGCGGGCCCAGAAGGGCCCUGGGCUUGGGGCAGCCCCGGAGGCCACUCGGGACAGGAUCCGAGCCAUCCAGGAAAAGAUUGCGGAGCGCCAGCGCAUCCUCUCCCUGCCGCAGCACUUUGCGGGCAGCAAGUCACUCAGCAGGCGUGAGAUGGAGAUUGAGAACGCCCUUUUCCAGGGAGCAGACCGCCAUCCCUUUCUGCGGAUGUUGUAUCGGCCAGAUGAAGCUCAGCCAAAGGUGGCUUCUGGGAUGGGCCCAACGUCUCAGCUCGACGUGGUUUAUCAGCAGCUCCUGAGCGAACCCUUGCCAAGCCAGAGACCACUGGAACCACUAAAGUCUUCCCAGAAGGCACCUGGUUCAUCUUGCUCUACCCCCUUCAGCAGCCUUGGAGCAGCAGCUGCACCAGCUGUGGAGCCUGUGAUGGUGACGGAGCCUGUAGCGUGUGUGCCAGAAGAGGAGAUUCUCCGGAGCCGCCUUUCCAGGGAAGAAAUCCGCCGGAUCCCCAGAUUUUCCUCCUAUAGCCCAGGGGAGCCAAGCAAGGGGCUGUACAUGAAAAAUCUGAGUCGCAACGCUACAGUGAAGGACCUGCUGCCCUUGUUCUCCCGCUUCCAAGAGAAGGAUGCCCCCCCUCUUCGUUUGCGCCUGCUGAGCGGCCGCAUGAGAGGCCAGGCCUUCCUCACCUUUCCCAAGCCAUCAGAUGGAUACUUAAAGUAGUUCUGGCUAACUGGGAGUGGAAGAUGCUUGCUUUGUUUCAGAAAGAGCCCGGGUCUUGGGCAUGCAAGAUGGGUCCUUUACCCCCCAGUGUGCAUCAAGAAUGACCCUUGGGGGAGAAGAGUGGCAGCCCAAGGCCCAGUUGGGGGUUGGAGCUCUGCUUCACACCUCUCUGAAGUAAAAGUAAGGAGCAGGAGGAGUGGGGCGUCCUGCCUGCCAGAGUCGAGGAGGCCCAUGGGGGGGUGGGGGUAGAGCUGACAGGGAAGCCCAUUAUCUCUUCUUCCACUCCCAGAGCAGGGCUAAACGAAGGAGGCUGGCCUGCUGGUCUGUUUUAGAAUAGAAUAGAAUUCUUUAUUGGCCAAGUAUGAUUGGACA